AUGACGGAAGCAGCAGAGAUUGAUAAAUCUAUUAUCGCAUACUGCAAUGAAAAAAAAUUAUGGCUGCACGUUAAUCACGAUGAAGAUAUUCUUCAAAAUUAUUUCGAAAAUGGCGCUGGUCUGGAUGAAUUUGGUGAUGUUGAAUUUAAUGAUAUUCAAUUUCAACAUGACUUUCGAAUUCAUAAAAAAAGCAUACAGGCUGUAACUGAAGUAGGCAGCUCGUUACAAUCUUUCAUACCAAUGAUUGUUUAUCAUCGGCAUGUUUGGUGGAAUUAUGGUUAUAAAUUAACUCUCGAAGAAGGUGAAUGUUUUUCGUUGCUAUUGAAAAGCCUUGGACCUAUAGCAAAUCCGGAAAGAAAAGUACCACGAGGAGCAAUUGGCAAUAAUUGUCCAAAUAAUCAAAAGCCACCGCCGGCAUCUAAUAUUCAUGUGACAAUUAGUGUGAAAAAAAACGAAAUUUUAGAAGCAAUUACUGAAGGAGAACUGGUUAAAAGUCCAUAUAAUACUGGCUAUAUUUGCCUUAAUUUAAUGAGUCAAUCAAUUUUGCAAGAAUUGAUUGAAAAUCACGAAUUUAUUAUUUUGCGUAUUUCGAUGAAUAUUAAUAAGAAUUACUUCAAUAUCGAAAAACUUAUUGAAUUUCCCGCUACGACAUCAAUACAGGCAUUGAUGAAUCCUGAAAAUUAUGAAUUGCUAGAAACAGUGCUAGCAUGUAAGCGAAGUUGCGAUUCAGAUUUCAUUUUUACAAGAGGAAGUGGUGCAAAUAAUGAUGCAACAUCUUAUCAUGUCCAUCAAAACAUUCUCAAGCAACGAUCAUUUGUACUAGACGGUAUUCUAAGACAGAAAUGUUCACUUCUGACCGAUCAAAUACUUAUAAUUGACGCUGAAGAUCGUAUCAUUUUUCCACAUCUAACGGAUGAUGAUAUGAAAUUUCUGCUCACUUACUUAUACACCGGUGAAAUAAUGUUACCGAAAUUUGAUGGCUUCGCUCGAGUAGGUCGUAUUCUAACGCUAUUGAUUGAUCGUGAACAAUUAAUCAGUAUUUUUAUGGAAUGGCAAAAAUUAAUUGUUAAAAAUCUUCUCCAAGUCGAAAAAAAGAAUGACAAUGAUGUAAUUGUUGAAGAAAGUUUUAAAGCGUUAAUAUCGGUGUUUAGUGCACCGUAUGGAGCAUUACCGUACGCUAAACGAAUGGCAAUUUCUUUACUCGCUGAUCAGAUAACAAAAAGUAAUGAAGAAUUGGUCGAAAAAUAUAUUGAGCAAUCACGUUAUGGCCAAUAUGAGAUUGGACAUUUCAUUGAAAUUGCAUUGAAGCUGAAACAUUUCAUUACUUCUGUUAAAAAAACACCAUAUCCUAAUUAA